AUGCCCCACCUCUACCCGGCCGCUUGCCCAUCUCCCCCCAACCCCCCCCCCCCGUCGCAACUGUUCGCAUGUGCAGCGGCGGUCGCUGUGGGUGAGAGAGGGAGGACGGGAAGGGAUUGGCGGCCCAACCAACGUGCCAGCCAGCUCGCACCCCGCCCAUCUCCCGUACGCCACCCGCAUCUGCACGACCCGUCCCUGCCCCGCCUGCAUUUGCCGCGUCAGCAACUGGCGUUUCAUCCCGUACCCGCACUUUCCCUGCCCCUCCCCGUCCCUCCCUCGUCGCGCCUUCCCCCUCUACCACGCCUGCCUAUGCCGUGUUGGGCGGUGGUGGCUUUGGAGGACAGUGGGGGCGGCGGCGGCGGGAAUGGCGGGAGUGGCGGGGUUGGCGGCUCAUGUGGGGGGGUGGGGGAGGCGUGGGGGAUAGGGGUGGUGGGCGCCUGUCAGCAGUGGCAGGGACGGGGGGGUGGGAGGGCUGGCUGCCGUGUGAAGGACAGGGCAGAGACAACUGUGAGUGGGGCAUGGGGUGUGGAGGAAGGAAAAGGAAGGGAGGGAGGGGGUGCGGUUCCAGGGGGCAGAUGA